UGCUUGAGCGCAUCUCUGUUCCACAUGAAGCGCGUCAAGCGGACGCACAUGAAGCCGGACUGAAAGUCGAUACAGCCGGGACGAAGCCAGACGUUUUCAUUUUCCUUGACGCCUGUGGGUUUUCUCCCCUCUGUGUUAAUGCAUGUCUUCUUCACAGGAAAGGAGACUUUUUUUUUUACUUUACUUUUCCUCAUCGUCAGUUUGACUUGAAUAAACCAAGGUUUAAAAUGAACGAAGGACUUGUGAACAACUUGACUCAACUGUAUGACAACUGGACUCUUUAUAACUCCUCUGAGGAGUCCGUCAUACCCAGGAACAACAUCACAUAUGUCGGAUUUUACCUGCAUCAGCCGUCCACAGCAGCCAUCUUCAUUGUGUCCUACCUGCUCAUCUUCCUUGUGUGCAUGGUGGGGAACGGAGUGGUGUGUUUCAUCGUUCUGAGGAGCAAAAACAUGCGGACUGUCACCAACUUGUUCAUCCUAAACCUCGCUGUGAGUGACCUGUUGGUUGGGAUUUUCUGCAUGCCCACAACACUACUAGACAACAUAAUAACAGGAUGGCCUUUUGGAAGCCUUGUCUGCAAAAUGAGUGGCAUGGUUCAGGGGAUUUCUGUGUCAGCAUCCGUCUUUACUCUGGUGGCUAUUGCUGUUGACAGAUUCAGAUGCAUUGUCUACCCAUUCAAGCAAAAACUGACCAUAUCCACAGCGACCCUGAUAAUAGUUAUUAUCUGGGUUCUUGCUGUUUCCAUCAUGUGUCCCUCUGGGGUAAUGCUACAAGUAACCAAGGAGCAAACCAUCCGGGUGUUACUGGGCUAUGACAACAAAACCACCCCUUUUUACUGGUGCAGAGAGAACUGGCCAAACCAGGAGAUGAGGAAGAUUUACACCACCGUUCUGUUUGCAAACAUCUACCUUGCUCCUCUUUCCCUCAUUGUUAUCAUGUAUGCCAGGAUCGGCAUUACUCUUUUCAAAACAGCAGUUCCAACUGGAGGGAAGCCAGGCCAUGACCACCGACACUCUGUGUCCAAAAAGAAGCAGAGGGUGAUUAAAAUGCUUCUGAUAGUUGCACUGUUGUUCAUCAUUUCCUGGUUGCCUCUGUGGACCCUUAUGAUGCUGAGCGACUAUGCCAGCCUGACAGAGCAGCAGUACAGAAUCAUCAACAUUUACAUUUACCCGUUUGCCCACUGGCUAGCCUUCUUCAACAGCAGUGUCAACCCCAUCAUCUACGGUUUCUACAAUGAAAAUUUCCGCAGAGGAUUCCAAACUGUAUUUAAGUUUAGCCUGUGUGCGGCAGAUGGACAACGGAGGAAAACCUACUCGCACAGGCUUCAGGGGAACUCUGUGCUUCCGGCUAAUAAUGCACAGACCUCCCUGGAACCCAUUUCUCUCAACAGCCUGGAUAAGAACACUUCCAGGCGACUCAAUCAUGUCACUGAACAGGACUUGGUAAUGGAGGACUUGGAGAAGGGCUCUUGCAGCAGUGGGGGUGUGACUGCAGUGUCUAUUUGAGUGACACAGAGACAUUCUUCUAGGUGAUAAGCUAAGUUGUUCACAUUUCAAGAAAACGCUUGCCUGAAAAGGAUUUUUCAACACUGUGAAAAUAAUUGUAAUGAAAAAAAUACAAUACGGGAAGGAAUUGACUGGUAAAGCAGUAAUAUAUGCUUUUCACUUUCCUGCAACACUUACAAUAGACAGAGCAGGAUACCUCAGUGUUUGCUCAGAAAAACAAGUACACAUCAAAAGCUAAUAUUCAAAUUACCAAUUUUUUUUAAACCUUUGCUUAUCACCUUUAAGACACACAAUGUAUGUUGCACAUAUUGUGCCGUUUAAAAAUGAAAGCAGAUUAUUCUGCUAGAAUUGAAAAAAAAGGAUCAGUUGAUAUUACACUGAUAACAGGUUACUUUCCUGCUUACUAAUUCUGUAUGUAAAAAUGUAUAAAGGUGCAUCAGCCACAAUGUACUUUGAUGUUUGCAGAGCAGAUUUCAAAAGAAAAGUAAUCAAAUGUUCUUGUAGAUUGGCACAUGCAACAGAACAGAGCAUUUGCCCACAUUAGUCACUUAUUGGUAAUUGCUAUUGGGAAUAAAAGGUACUUCAACUACUCUUGAGUAGGAAUGUCAUGUUGUCUAUUUCAUGAGGCAGAUUUUUUUAUAAACCAAAGUGCAGUACAAAAUAAAAUAAUAAAAAAGC